UUAAAAAAUAAUUUAAAUUUUUCUGCUUAAAAAUACAUUUUAGAUAAAUUUAUAACAUAACAGAAAUAAUAUUUUCUGCAGAGAUUUGAGACCAGAUAAUAUUCUGUUGGGAGAAAGAGGUCAUAUAUUAUUGACAUAUCAGAGUAGUUGGAAUUGUAUGGACCAAGUCAUCAACAGGCAUGCUAAAGAAAAUCUUUAUGCUGCUCCAGAAGUUGGGGGCAUUUUUCCUGUUACUUUUGCUUGCGACUGGUGGAGUGUGGGUGCACUGAUGUUUGAAUUAUUAACAGGAAGGACUUUAGUUUCUUGCCAUCCUGGAGGAAUUACAGCCCAUUCAAACAUUACUAUUCCCACUCACAUUUCUGUGGAAGCACGUGAUUUAAUAAUAAAGUUAUUAAAGUAUAAUGUAUCUGAGAGAUUAGGUUCUGGACCACAUGGAGUAGAAGAUAUCAAAUCACAUCCCUUCUUCCUUGGAUAUAAUUGGAAUAAAGUAUAUUCAUGAAGAAAAUAUUUUAAACAUUCAUCACAUUUCUGUUUAGUAUGAUUUAAACAUUAUAUAUUAGUAUACAUGAAAUUUGAUCACAGAUCAUCUGUAUACCAUUUAUAAAUUUGUAUGUAAAUAUUUAUUGUAUCCAUAUUUAAAUGAAAAUCUUAAUCAUUGUGCAAUAAAUAUAAAUGUC